AUGCCUGAAGUUGAUGGAAUCAAUCUUGAUAUAGAAACGAAUGUCGAAAAGGCUGUUAGUAAAGGUUUUGAUUUAUUAUUAUGGGCGGAGACUAGCACUGGAUGUAUAAUAAGUGGCGGUGCAAUCGGCAGCAAUAGACAGUCACCGGAUGAAGUUGGAAAGAAAGCUGCCGAAGAGCUUUUGAGUAAUAUCAGGCAUGGAGGAUGUGUGGAUGAAUAUCUUCAAGAUCAACUGAUUAUCUUCAUGUCACUCGCCGAAGGAAAAUCUCAAUUGGUCACAGGUCCGAUAUCUAUGCAUACUCGCACGGCUAUACAUUUUGCCGAGGAGAUGUCAGAAACAAACUUUCAAAUAUCUAAACUUGUAUCAUCUGAACCGCGACAGUACGUUAAAGUGGAAAAAGAUGCACCAGAUGAAGCAUACGAUGAUGGUCUGUUCAUGAUAGAAUGCGAGGGCAUAGGGUUAAAGAUUGUUUAA